AUGGGUGAUGAUGUGAAAUUUGGCGAUAUAGAGAAUGAUGGUUGUUGUAGUUGGAGUGAUGGUGAUGGUGAUGAUAUAAAAUGUGAAGAUGGAAAUAAAAAGUAUAAAAAGCGCAAGAAUGGAUCAGGAAAUCUUGACUUUGAAAAAGAAUCACGUAAAUCUGGAAGAAUCAUUGAUGUUAUUGAGGUCAAAAAAGAUGACUUUAAACAAGAAGUAUGA